CGUUGCGACGAGCGGGCGAGAUGUAGUCGAACAGCCGCGCGGGGUCCUAUCAUCCCCCAUGCCCCGGUGCGCUCAUUCCUUUUCAUCUUCACCUUCUUUUAUUCCUAUAAAUCUUUUCUUCUCUCGUCGUGUAUCGGUGUUAUCGGAUCAAUUGUUAUUAUCAUCACGCAAUCUCGUUUCUUCGUGGCGGGAGCGCAAAGAAUGCAAAGCUCGAUCGCCGAAUAAGAGAGCAUUCUCCAAUUGUGACGGUAGCACCACAGAGAGUUGCGACGACUAUCCUUUAUAUAAUUAUAUUAGCUUGUGUGAAAAUGCAUGCCUCUCGUUUAUUAUAGUCAUCGUUAUUCCAUCGCGUACGUGUAACGUGCACGCGCAUCCGAUAAGCCGAAUAAGCCGUCUCCGUCACUUCGAUCAUCCCGAGUCCUCGAAAAAAAAAAUGGUCGCGGAAACAUACAGCAAGCUCGAACCCGAGCUGAAAGAGGAAUUACGCACGAUUGCUCAACAGAUCGUGGCACCCGGUAAGGGUAUUCUGGCCGCUGAUGAGUCGACUACAACGAUCGGCAAACGACUUCAAGAUAUCAAUGUCGAAAACACUGAGGAUAACCGCAAGGCUUACAGGCAACUACUCUUCACUUCAGCGAAAGAUGUCAUAGGACAGCACAUUUCCGGAGUGAUCCUCUUCCACGAGACUCUUUAUCAAAAGGCCGACGACGGUACGCCUUUCGUCGAGUUGCUGAAGCAACGCAACAUCAUCCCUGGUAUUAAGGUCGACUGUGGCGUCGUUCCGCUCUUCGGCACGAAUAACGAAUGCACGACCCAGGGUCUCGACAAUCUCCAGGCGCGUUGUGUCCAGUACAAAAAGGACGGAUGCCAGUUUGCCAAGUGGCGAUGCGUGUUGAAGAUUACGAAGGACACCCCGAGCAAACUCGCCAUCCUGGAGAACGCCAACGUGUUGGCACGUUACGCUUCCAUUUGUCAGAGCGCUAGGAUCGUGCCGAUCGUAGAGCCAGAAAUCCUUCCCGACGGUGACCACGAUCUCGCCCGUUGUCAACAGGUCACGGAAGAGGUUCUCGCAGCCGUUUACAAGGCACUUUCGGAUCAUCACGUAUACCUCGAAGGAACGUUGCUAAAGCCUAAUAUGGUGACGCCAGGCCAGAGCUGUCCGACGAGAGCGACUCCCCAGGAAAUCGGUGCCGCUACAGUGACGGCGUUGUCACGUACCGUGCCACCAGCGGUACCUGGCAUCACUUUCCUGAGCGGUGGUCAAUCCGAGGAAGAGGCGUCGGUCAACCUUGACGCGAUUAAUAAGUUUCCGGGCAAGAAACCUUGGGCAUUAACUUUCAGUUAUGGACGCGCUCUUCAGGCUUCCGUACUUCGUGCUUGGCAAGGCAAGACGGACCAGGUCGCUGCCGGUCAAGAGGAGUUGCUUAAGAGAGCCAAAGCAAACGGCGCAGCCUGCCAAGGCAAAUACGUCACUGGUAGCAUUUCUAGCAAAGCUGCUGACACCUCUCUCUACGUCAAAUCUCACGCCUACUAAAAAAUUGUUAUACUUUCCGCGCAGUCCGUUUCUCGUGGCAGCUAAUAGCGACUCGGCACUUGGUAAAUACGCGGGUGGCGUGGCCGGUGCUGCGGGAGACGCGGCUCUUUUCGUCGCCAAUCACGCAUAUUAAGUUGACCCAUAAAUUCGGUGUACUGUUAGAAACAUAAAAUUAAACAACCGUUGGAAACACCUCGCAGGAUCGUCAUCGUCCCUUUCAUUCAAGUCACGAAGAGAAAAGGGAUUCCUUCGAGAAUGCACACGAAGAGCAUUGCAAGUUUCCAAGAAGAUUGAUUAUGUUCUUGUCUUGCUUUAAUAUACAUAUUUUUAAGCAACUAUUUCUUAUGGAUCUAAUUGCUUGGGUUUUAAUUAAAUUUUAAUCGAUCAAAUCUUUUACUGUCGAUGAGUUUCUGUCGAUCAAAUAUAAUUUUAAAUAAUCCUACGUUACUUGUAAUUCGAUUUGCAAAUCAAGUCAACAAUUUGUAGAUUACGUGCCAAAUAUGUUAAAAUUUUACCGAAACAUCCCACAAAUGCUAUAUUGAUAUGAAUGAUAUCAUAACGACAAAAAAUAUCUAUUUUAAAUUUAUUUUUUAGCCUGAUCUACCGUUUCUUUUUAUUUCUUGUCGAUACUCUCGCCGCUGUUCCAAAUUACAUCAGCGAUUAACUUGACGAGAUUCAAUUUUAUUGGUAUUAAAUGAUGGAGGUAAAAACCGAGACAUCGAGAGAAUACGAGCAGACUUUACGAAAUUUGAUAUCAUGUUAUUAUUAUUUUGUAAUAGUACGAUAUGCGAAAGCAGUUAGCAGAUAUAUAUCUAUCUGCGCUCAUAUGAUCAAUAUUAACGUUCGUGUAUAAAAUAAAUAAAAGAGCGCAGAAAAAUUAAGCAAAUGCAAAAUAAAGCAAAUAAUAAAUGUUGUUUGUUAGCGACUGUAUCGAGUAUUGCAAAAUCAUGCUAUAUUGUACGUGUGUCAUUUACUUAUUAUAAUACUAUACAUAUAUGUAUCUUGUAUAGACACCUAAUCUAUUGAGAAUUAUCUCGUUAUUACGUCGAUAUUAUAAUCUAAAUAUUUCCGUUGUAAACUAGGUCACCAAAUACAACUGUGGAGGAUAAAAAAA